AUGAGAGCCUCGCAGAUUCUUCGUGGUGGUGGCGGUGAAAAGAAGCCUGGAGUCUACCUUGGUCCAUGGGGUGAUCUUGGUUCCAUGCCCCAGAAGGGCAUUGUCCACUACGGUCUUGCUCAGAACCGACAGAACCCGCUCGCUGGUACCUCCCGCGCCGCCGUCUUCAACACCUUCCGCCGCACUCGCAACCAAAUUCUUUACUGGUCGAUUCCUCUGCUGGUCGGAUACGAGCUGAUGGAGUGGGCGACAGAGCGAAACCACUACCUCAACUCAAAGGCCGGCCGUGCAGAGUUCGCUGACGCCGAGUAG